GGGGACAGGAAGUUACCAGUGUCAGGGGACGUGACGUCAUCUUGCUCGUUCUUCACCGCCGCACAGGUGUAUAUAAGGAGUAGGUAAUCAUGCCGCGCAUAGACAAUGAUAUUAAACUGGAUUUUAAGGAUGUUUUGCUCAGACCGAAGAGAAGUACUUUGAAGUCUCGCAGCGAGGUGGAACUUUCUCGUUCCUUUACAUUCAGGAACUCUGGCCAAAGCUAUGAAGGAAUUCCAAUAAUUGCUGCCAAUAUGGACACAGUGGGCACAUUUGAGAUGGCAAGAGCGCUGUGUAAGUUUACUCUCUUUACAGCGAUACAUAAACACUAUUCAAUUGAUGAGUGGAAGGAAUUUGCUGUCACCUCUCCGGACUGUCUUGAUAACGUGGCUGUAAGCUCCGGUACUGGCCAGUCUGACUUCCAGCAAGUAGAGGACGUUUUAACGGCCGUCCCUCAGAUUCGUUACAUCUGCCUUGAUGUAGCUAACGGAUACUCUGAGCAGUUUGUCCAGCAUGUGAAAGAUGUAAGAGCCAGGUUUCCCAAGCACACAAUCAUGGCUGGGAAUGUUGUAACUGGAGAAAUGGUGGAGGAAUUAAUCCUUUCAGGUGCAGAUAUAAUCAAGGUUGGAAUAGGACCAGGUUCUGUUUGCACCACCCGGAAGAAGACUGGAGUUGGAUAUCCACAACUGAGUGCUGUGAUUGAGUGUGCAGAUGCAGCUCAUGGACUGAAUGGCCAUAUUAUAUCGGAUGGAGGUUGCACAUGUCCAGGGGAUGUGGCAAAAGCUUUUGGUGCUGGAGCUGACUUUGUAAUGUUGGGGGGGAUGUUGUCAGGACACACUGAAUCUGGAGGUGAGAUCAUUGAGAAGAAUGGGAAGAAGUAUAAACUAUUCUAUGGGAUGAGUUCAGAAAUGGCAAUGAAGAAGCAUGUUGGUGGAGUGGCAGAAUAUAGAGCUUCCGAGGGAAAAACCGUCGAGGUCCCUUACCGAGGUGAUGUGGAAGAUACCAUUAAAGACAUACUUGGAGGAAUUCGUUCUACCUGCACCUAUGUAGGAGCUGCCAAGCUAAAAGAGCUAAGCCGAAGGACAACCUUUAUCAGAGUGACCCAACAACUUAACCCCAUAUUUAGUAACCCAUGAUGAACCCAUGAUGUAAUCUAUUCAUUAGAUGAUUCUUCAUUUAAAGGGAACCUGUUAUGAUGAACAUGCUGCUUUACAGGCAUGCCGCAUGUACAGAGAAGAGACAGCUGAGCAGAUAGAUAUAUAGAUGAUUAGGAAAGGCUUCAGUGUAACAUUUUUUUUCAUUUAAAGGGGUCCUCUGGGCUUUUAUUAUUGAUGACCUAGUAUAGGUCAUCAUUAUC